GCGCUGGGCCUUCGCCGUUGACAGUUGGCCUUCGGCGUUGGUGCAGGGAGGUCGUUGCUGCUUCGUGCGGGGCAGCCACGCGGUCUACACGAAGUCGUUGGUGGGGACCUUCAGGUGGGCACGCGACGCGCCGGCGUCCUUCAGGGAUAUUCUGGCCAAGUUGGUCACGUUGCUGCGGUCGUACGCCGUCAGCGCCAGGGCUCCGCCGGCGAGCAGGACGACGGCGAGGGGCAGAGACGCGCGGCUUGGUGUCAUGGUGGGACGGAGCUGAGUGGAGUCCGUCUUUUUCGUCGCCCGGCUGGAGCCGUUGUUGGGAUGGAGUGCGACGUGUGCAUGCAGCACUUCGACUCGGAGGAGCGCCGCCCCAAGGUCCUUCCCUGCGGCCACACGUACUGCAUCUCGUGCCUGAGGCAGCUGCCGGCCAAGCAGUGCCCCGUCGACAAGAAGGUGUUCCAGCUUGACAAUUUAUCGGACAACUACAAGCUCCUCACUGUUGCAGCGUCUUCUCUGCUUCCGCCUGUCCGCUUCUGGUGUAUCAGCUGCGAGAAGGAGGCGACCGGGCACUGCGUGGACCGGCACGACAUCCGCAGCGUCACGGCUCAGCGCACCAAGGCGUCAGAGUCGCUGCUGAGCGAGCUGCACGAGGGCGAGGAGGCCCUGGCCGCGCUGGCCGGCGUGCUGGACGAGGAGGCCGUGAACAGGCAGGCGCAGGACUGCAGCGAUCUGCUGAAGCAGGAGCGGGUUCGUCUGGCCUCAGCGAGGAACCGGCUGCUGGACGCGGUGGGGGCGGAGGCGUCGGUCUGGGAGCAGGCCACGCAAGCCGCGGUCGCGGUGCAGAGCGUUAACGAACUGUCCCAGAGCGCCGCCCAGCUGACGAAUGACGUAUUCGACCCCUCGACGUCAUGGACCGUGCUGGGCGCUGUAGGGGGCGUCGCGGCGUGGACUGGCGAGAUGCGGCCCGCGGAGAACGCGGCGGCCAGGCUGCUGCUGUGCGGUUUGGCGUGUAGUGGAGGGCUCCGGGCGUCGGCGCAGCAACCCGAUAAGCAGCCUAAUCCGGUGCAGCAACCCGUUAAGCAGCCCAAUCCGGUGCAGCAACCCGAUAAGCAGCCCAAUCAGCAACAAGAACAGAAACAAGCUCGGAGGCGGAGGCUGUCGAUCAUUGUACAGAGAACGCGUGGCAGGGGGUCAGCGGACGGUUACCUGCAUCAGCCACGUCCAAAAUUUCUACAUUGUUUAAGGUGAAGAGGGGGAUGAAGGCUCCUCUAGGUCAAGGGGACCGCAUCGCGGCUUCUACCGGUGCUAAGGACUGCUACGGUAGGUAA